AUGGCCUCUUCGACGUCUAACCUGUCGCCGCACGAGCAGACGAGAGUCGAGGACUACCUGAAUGAUAAGAUCCAGGUCUCGGCGGAUUUCGGAAGUCUAGACUCGUUACUCUCGAGUCUCCGUGCCCAACAUGAGUUACAGCGGAAACAGCUAGCGGAAGCCCAAGAAGUCCUGUCAAAUGCCACGAAGGCUUCGAACGAUCAUGCAGAAGUCACCCGAAAGCGAGCUGAGGCGUUCAAGGAACAGCAGGCUGACAUCGACCGGCGCCUGAAAGCCAUCACGAAAUCGGAUGCGAGCGACGACGCUGCGAAGCGGUUCGAGGAGGGAAUCGAGAAACUACGGCGACUUGAGAUCUCUAGAGGCUAUGUGACGCUGCUCAAGGAAGCAGAGGAGUUGAGCAAGGAAGCCCUGAAGAACAUCCAAUCCGCCCCCCAGCUGGCAAUCCCACCCUACACCCGACUCCGAAAUAUCGUUCAGUCAUUAGUCGAAGCUCAGCCUGCAGCAGAAGGCGCCGCACCCCAUCUCGUCGACUACGUUGGAAAGCUGGCGUCAGCCCUCAGGGAACAAUUGAAGGGCGACUUUACCAGACGACUCCAAGGAACGUUGGAGCAGAUGAAAUGGCCAUCGAAGGAUUUGCAUUUCCCUGAGGAUCUGAAGUCGCAGUGGAAAACAAAUGUUGAGUUGCUACUCGACCUUCAGACUCCGGAGUUGAAGAGUCGCAACGUCACCUCCAACUACCAGAAUGUUGAACCACCUAUCUUGCUUCCGUUGGAGGUCAUGGUUCACCCUCUGGAGCUUCGCUUUAAAUACCACUUUAGUGGUAACAAACCGACUAACCGGCUCGAUAAGCCGGAAUAUUUCCUAUCCCACGUACUGGACUUGAUCAAUAAUUUCGGCGGCUUCUUCAUCUCAUCCCUCCAGCCAGUCUUCGAUGAAAAGGCCCAGGCUGUUGGAUCCAAUUUAGAGUGGAAUUUCAACGACACCUCGCACGCGUAUAUCACGGCUCUCCUGCCUAUGCUCAGGCAGAAGAUCACCAGCUUUCUUCCCCAGAUCUCCGAGCACCCCCAGCUUUUAAGCCACUUGAUUCAUGAGUUGAUGACUUUCGACAACGACAUCCGCGAGAGUUGGAACUACCUGCCAGACCCCUAUAGCGACGAUAACUGGAAGGGAAUCACAUGGGAUGUUUUGACCAAGGAAGGCUGGUUCGACCGUUGGCUACAAGUCGAGAAGGACUUUGCUCUGGCUCGCUACAAGGACAUUGUGGAUACCCCUGACAGUGGUCAUAUUGACUACGAUGGCGUUGAGCUUUCAGCGACUAAGCCCACAAAGGCAGCUAUUCGCGUGAAUGACCUGCUUGAGACCAUCACCGAUCGUUACCAGCCGUUAACCUCAUUCAGCCAGAAGCUGCGUUUUCUUAUCGAUAUUCAAAUCACGAUCUUCGAUCAAUUCCACGAACGCCUGCACUCCGCUCUAGAAGCCUACCUUGCGAUGACCUCCACCAUCGGCCGAACGGUGCAAGGGACAGACGGUGCCAGCGUUGAAGGUGUUGCAGGGCUGGAACGACUGUGCAGGGUCUUCGGAAACGCCGAAUAUCUCGAGAAGAAGAUGGAGGACUGGAGCAACGAGGUAUUCUUCGUCGAGCUCUGGUCAGAGCUCCAAGAGCGGGUUCGGCAGAACCGCGACGGAGGCAAAAACGUUGCCGGCUCCAUGUCAGUAGCGGACGUCGCCUCCAGAACCUCACCGGCUGUCAACAACGGUUCUGAGGACAGUGAGAACAACGGCGCGACUUCUGACGGAGCCCUCUUCGACGAAACCGCUUCCGCAUACCGUCGUCUCCGACUGCGGUCCGAAUCUAUCAUCACGUCCACUCUUACCUCCAACGUGCGAUCUGCCUUGAAGCCAUAUUCUCGCGUGUCAACCUGGACAACCAUCUCGGUCCCCUCAACAUCCUCCACCGGCCCCGUGCCCCCGUCUUCCGAUCUCACUCCUGCCAUGCGCACCUUGUCCACCGAGAUCUCGUUCUUGUCCCGCACGUUAGGCAUUGCCCCCUUGCGCCGUAUCAUCCGACAGGUCCUCCUCGCCAUUCAAACCUACCUCUGGGGCACGAUUCUCAUGAAAAACACCUUCUCGGCAGCAGGCGCAGCGCAACUUAUCAGCGACGUCGAUCACCUCUGCAACGUCGUCGACGUGGCUCUCGGCCCUGCCACCCCAACUGGCGGCUCGGCGAAGGUGCUACAGAAAUUAACCGAAGGCUUGCUUCUUCUGGGACUCAGUGCCCACGCAUCGCAGCCCGAAGAUGAACCCGGCUCUUCCAAUGUCGCUGAUCCUCUCGGUGGAGGUACUGACCCUACACUCGGUCUAUGGGCAGUAGAGAAAAGGCUCUUCAAAGACAAUGAAAGCGCGCGGGAGGUUCUGACCGAGCUGGGGGUGGAAACUCUGGCGGAGUCAGAGGCUAGAAGUGUGCUUGAGCGGCGCGUCGAGAUCGGUAACUAG